AUGUGGCAUAAGCACGUGGGUGGUGACGACACUGGCCACUACUGGCUGCAGGCUGCCUCUGCUGUUACUUUCAUUGUAAAACAAAUUUAUGGCCAGCAGAAGCAGCAGCAGCUGCACGUCAGCUGGAGCGAUGCCCACGAGAGCAGCUACGCGCUGGCCUGGCUGCGGCAGCGCAGCUUCGAUGCGCAGCGGCAGCGGUCUUACCUCGAGGACUUCUACCGCCCAACCACGCGGCACUGGGCGGGCGCCGAGUUCGAGCAGAUUGCCCAGCAGUUUGACUACGAGCAGGUAAUGGCAGAGGAUGCUUCGCUGCAGCAGUGGCUCCAGGCGCUGGCCGUCUAUGGGGUGGCGCUGCUGCGCGGUGCCCCGCUGGACGAGGGCGUGGUGCGGCGGCUGGCGGAGCGCGUGGGCUUCAUACGGCGCACCACCUACGGGGAGGAGUUCAUAGUGCAGGCCAAGCCGGGGGCCCAGAACUUCGCCUACCUGUCGUUGCCGCUGCCCCUGCACACGGACCUGCCCUACUACGAGUACAAGCCCAGCGUCAAUAUCCUUCACUGCGUCGUCCAGACGGAGUCUCGCGGCGGCAGCAACCUCUUGGUGGAUGCCUUCCACAUCGCCGAUCGCCUGCGCAGCCAGCAUCCCGAGGACUUCGAGCGACUCUGCCGCAUACCCGUGGACUGGAACGACAUUGGCAGCGAGGACGGUCGGGAGUUCCACAAUAUUUGGCGUGCACCCGUCAUCUGCCUGGACGCCGAGGGCAAGUACGCGCGCAUCAAUCACAGUGUGCCGCAGCGGGACAGCCACUUCAGUGUGCCCCUCGAGGAGGUGGAGCCCUGGUACGAGUCCUACGCCCGCUUCGUGCGCCUCGCACGCGACGAUGCCCACGCCUUCAAGACGCGACCCGGCGAUGUGCUGACCUUCAACAACAUUCGCCUGCUUCACGGUCGCACCGGCUACGACGACACAGAGCAGAAUUCCCGCUACAUUGUGGGCGCCUAUCUCGACUGGGACAUCAUCUACUCGCGUCUGCGGGUGCUCAAGAAGCACGCCCCGCCGCCCUCCAAUAAAAGUUAGUGGGGAAAAGGCCUACCCCUGAUACGAGAAAGAAACAUA